UUUGACCCUUAUACCUAUACUAGUGGGCGGUGGCUUCGUGAUGAUGAGCUCGAAUAUUUUUCAUAUUACAUUGCAUUUGAUUUUGGCGCUCUGCGCAACCGGGUCCUUCAGCUUUGCCCUGCUGCGAGCUCAAUUGACAAUUGCAAAAAGCUUGAGGGGGGGGAGAGGGGGGGGGGGGAUUCAAAUAGAGUAUUUGUUUUCACCAUGAACAACUCAAGACAAAUAGUAGCUAGGUUGCCAUUCGCUCUUACCGGACUGGUGCGGUUAACCACUAGUUCUGAAGUCGCUACUAUUAGAUACCUACAAUUGAAGACAAACGUUCCAAUUCCAACCAUAAUUGACUGGAGUGACGACGUCAAAUCCCCGGACAAUCCCAUUGGCAGCGAGUAUAUUAUUAUGGAACAUGCCUCUGGUGUUCCACUGCACCAAAUAUGGGAUAGGAUGGCCGGUGAUCAGCGUGUCAGAUGCAUAAGCGCAAUAUUUCAGAAGAUGAAAGGUGCUACUGAUCUCAGGUUUCCCUCUUAUGGAAGUAUAUACUUCAAGGAUGGACCUGUGCAACCAAGCGCCAGACAGCCUCUGAAUGAGGAUUUCUGUAUUGGGCCACAUUGUGGCAGCCGCUACUGGCCUCUCAACGCUAGGCAGCGCCUGAAUUAUGGCCCUUGUAAGUGUUCUUAUAGCCUUUCUGUGAUAUGA